AAGCUUCCGGUUUUCAAUACCAAGGUCCGCAGUGCUGGAAGAAGCAUCGAGGAACAGACCACGGCUGCUUCUUCCGCGCGUCCACCCCUUACUUGGUCCCCCGGCCCCGACGCGAGACCCGAAUUUCGCGGUUCGUGUUCGCAGUGAAAGUUCAGUGAACCGCGGGCAAGCCCGAAAAGAGGAAGGGAACCGCCGAGAAGCCGAUAACAUCGGUUUCGUUGCAAAAGCCCGGCCCCGGCUCGGAAAAAUCGCGCGUACACGAUCUCGCCGUGUCUCGUUAUUAGCGUUCCUGUGCGUAUCUGCGAGGAAAACGUUGCGACACCGAGAACUGGUAGGCCUGGAAUUAUUGUGAGGGAUAAUUGCUGGAAGAGGAGAGUUUCAAGCAGAGAAUAGAGAAGGAGAGAUCGGUUCAACGAGGGAAGUUUGCAGGAGAGAUCGAAAAGAUCGGCUUCGAGAUGGCCCUUGCGCGAGCGCUGCUCGUCAUCGUAGGAAUGAUUUGCGCGUGCACCUGCGGCGGACGGACGGAAUGCGGAAAUCACGCGGAGAUCUCGCUGCUGACCAGCGUGCACGACGAUCCCUCCUGCAGGAAGUUGUCGCCCAAAGGCGUCCUGCUCUACGAAGCCGCGAAAUUCCUCGCCGAGGCUCACAACAAUAAGUCUGCCGGAUACGAUAUCGAAAUGGCCGUUCUGGACACGUGCGGCAGCAUCGCUGGCGCCUUGAAAGCGGGGAUGAAGGCUCUCGUUGGGGCAGACACCAACUGCUUGCAAGCUCCUCACUAUUUAGGAAUUAUUGGGCCGGACACUGCGACAAAUGCGGAAGCCGUACACAAGAUAACCUCAGUGCUGAAAGUGCCGCAUAUCGUGAGGCGGCAAUCGAAUUCUCCGUUCCUUCAUCAUCUCGCCAAGGAAUCCGAUUCUUAUAUCGUUCAGGGAACGCUGAAGGUCGCGGAGCAACUCAAGUGGAAGUCGUUCUCGUUGGUGGUGAACGCCGACGAAGAAGGCGAUGACGACUCGCAAAACAUCGCCAAAAAGCUGACAAUGGGCGCCAUCGAUAAGGGUCUCUGCGUCUUGGUCCACGAUGGCAACGACGACGAUUUGACGUCGCACAUCAUUCACAUUGGUAAGCCGACGGACGGAUUCUUCAACAAAGCUGUGAACGCCACUAUCCUGAUAAUCAGCGAGGGACACCUGGACGAGUACGUGAACCGUGUGAACUCAACGAACACUAUAGUGCUCGUGGAAGAUUCCAGAAACGAAUUCGCGGGACUGGAGGCGAGAGUCGAGAAAUCAAAAUGGUGGUCCAGCAAGGACAAUGGAAAGUACGACGCCGAGGAGCUGAGGGAAGUCAGAUGGCUCGAGGACGCGAUAAACGUCUACGCGAAAGCAUUAGACACGCUGUGCAAGAAGAAGAAAUGCAAGAGCCCGGUGAAUCCCAUCGACUGGAACAACGUGCUGUCCAACGUCCUGGCGGAGUACACGAAGGAGUCGCAGUCCGACCCCAUGUCCAUGGUGAUCUCGAUAAAAACGAGAGCCGGCAGCCUGAUGCACUUGGGCAGCGUGGUCGUCCAGAAGAACAAGGCGACGAUGCACUGGGGCGACGACGACUCGAAGGACGACGACGACGACGACGACGACGACGAGGACGACGAUGACGACAAGGACGAUAACGUGAUGCCGAAUGUUUUCAAGAAACUGAUCGCCAAGGAGAAAGGAACGCGCACAGGAUGCGCCACCACUGCUAAAGAGAUUAAAAUGCUGCACGACGAGGACGACGACGCGGCGCAGGUUCUGGUGUCCGAGGUCGAUAACAGCGAGUGGUGGACCAUGGUUGGCACGGUGAGCGGCGUCGGGGUCGCCAUGUUUGUCGUCGGCAUUCUAGCCGUGUACGUGGUGUACACGAACAUCCGAGGUCCAUCGGCGCCGAAGAACGCUCGCAUCGAGAGGGACACGAGCCUCAGGCGAGUGGGCAGCGACAGGGAACCACCUGUUCGUGCACAGAGGCACGCCCGUACUUUGCAGAGGAGGGACAGCAACAGGAGCAUCAGGAGCACCAUAUCCGAGAAGAGCGUCUGAGGCAACCCCGACAAGGAGACCGCACGAGACAUCGUCGACAACGUCUCUAUCGAAUCUGGCUAAUCCGACGACCGAUCUCAAAUCAGUUCGAACACGUUUAACGCUUUGACUGCCACGUGAUCCGAAUUUCGCCGGCGACGUUUUAUACGGAACCUGGGAAACUCAUUCUCUUGGCGGUCUAUCGAACGAACCGAAUUCUCUUCGACUUGCGAGACGCAAGAAGGACAAUAGAGCAGCCGCUACGGAGAAUCUGAACGCAUUCGAAACCGCGUAGAAUUCUUUAACGCGUUUCUUUCGACCAAAUCGAAUUGCUAUAGUUCACUCAAUGAAACAAUUAUAUGAAAACAUUUCUAUAUUGUAAAUAAUGCUGCAUAAUGCAGUGACAUUCAGUUGGAUGAACGUGGAAUAAUAAUGCAAUUCGAUCAAAUGAUUUAAUAUCAUAUUUUUUCCAUUCUGUGUAUUUUCCUCUGCGAAAUCGUGCGGCGUUCAACGUGUUAAUGUAGUUGAGCGCUACAACGCGUCGCUGUUCGAUUGUCUAUGUCGAUACUCGGCUAGAGAAUUUGAAGUAACGACAUUCUUCGAAAAAAUGAAGUUGGGUAGAAUCACGUCGUCGAUCUCGAAUGUGUUCAGUUUGUUGAUCAACUUGUUAACACGAAUGUAUUAGCUUGGUUAAUGAAAUUCCGAUCGGCGUCCGUUCGGCGGUCAACGUGUUAAACGCAGCCCUGUUUUAGCGUCUUCCUCUGAUCUGUUCGGUUCAGUUCGAUUCGGAAUGGUUUAGCAAUGGAAUUCGUAUCGAUAGGAAUCAAUGUAAACCGAUCCGACUCGAUUUCGAUCUGAUCCGAAGCGAUUCAACGCGAAUCGAUUGAAAUUGAUCCGGCUCGCGGCGGUCUCGAGCGAUCCGAUUCGAUUUACCUCGCGCUGAAUCGAGUCAGUCCGAAUUGAACUGGAGUAAUUGAGUUGUAUCUGAAUAAAGUUCCGUUUAGUGCAAUACAAAUUGAUUCGAAUUGUUCCUGGUAGAUUCAGUUCUGGUCGAUUUCGUUCGAGAUUGAUUCCGUUUUGUUUGGUUCCGUUCCGUUCAGUUGGCCAUAGGUUUGUUAAAAGAGCAUUCGCGUGUUUUCUGUAGAAAAAAGACAAAAUAGACGUGAAAAGUAACCGAAAAAAAAUGUGCAACAUCUAGUCAACACACGAUAAAGGAAUCGCGAGAAUUUCCGACAUCGUCGACACUGAUUGAACAACAAGCGUCGUUAAUGAGAGGAAACAGUUCUGUAAAAACCUCCUCGCGAUAGUUCUGUACAUAAGCUACACGUUUCCGACGAUGUUCGUGUACCAACGAAUAAUCCGCUAUUUUUAUUGAAUAAACUGAUAGCAUAGCUCCAACCAAAUACAGCUACCCGCAAGAUUUCCUUCUUAGAAGCGACUGUGGACGUUGGAGAACGGUACAUGCCUGUCGCACCGACGACUGUACGAAUUUCUAAUCUCCUGGAAAAUGAAUAUUAAACACGACGGAACGCGGUGAAUUAUUUAUUGAUACACCCAGUCGAUCCAAGAUUGCAAGACACCGCGUAGAAGCGUUAUUAAAGCCUAGAUUACCAUCUCUAUGCAUUUAUAAAAUUCAAUCCAACUAACGACUUCUUCAAACUGAAUAUCUCAACGUUACCUUACUCGAAACUAAAAGAAACCCUCGAUAGAAUCUUCAACCCUAAAUCAGUGAACAACACACUGUACGUUUGCGUACACAUAAGAAAUACAGAGAAAGUCUUGAUAAAAGAAGAAAAUGUAUAUCUGCAUAAAUAGAAGAAAUACAAGAAAAAAACCGACAAUUACACGAAAGUCGCACUGUCAGGAUAUCUAUAAAAAAAGCUAUGCAUACAUUAACAGUACAACUCGUCGUUAAUUAAAUCAACGAGGAAAAAUCUAUAUCUGCAUAAAGAUGAAGAAAGUGCCGGGCAAUUACACGAAACCGACGUUGUCCGUCACUCGCGAGAUUUGUAAAAAGAAUAUAUAUAUAUACACAUAUAUAUUGACCGUACAACCACCGGUUGAUUAAUGAUAAUUGCCCGUAACACGUUCUUGGCCAGUAAAUACGGCGUUCCCGGGCGCGUUCACGCGUAAGCCGGGCCGUUUAUGCGAGAGCGGUAAAUAUGUGCGACGUGUACGAAUGUACAACAGUCGCGCGGUAAUAAAUUCAAUAAAGGCUAUCCGCAGACGAGCCGAACCCGCGUAAUGGUGCUCAAUGAACGUCGAAGCUGUCGGAUAGCAGUCCACGGGAGCCGGUGAUGGAUGACGAUCGAACGGUCCACGGGAAACCCGGCUCGAAACGGCGUUCGUUGGUAACCGUGGCGAUUUGCGAGAGUGCAGUUGCGUAACCGGGCCUGCAUAAUUCAUGGACUAAUUGGCGCGCGUUGCCAAAAGCUGCCGCUACUUCGGCUCAUUCAGUUUUACUCGGUUCCUCAAUGGGAAUGUCGAUCUUCCGGACGCAAAUUGAUCCGCCCCCCUUCGUCCUUUGCGUAGGUGUACCGGUAUCGCAGUUCUUGUCGCGCGAUACACGAGUCGCUCGGAAGCCAUUGUUAAGUGAGAAAGCGGAAAUCGAGAGAACUCUCGAUUUCUGAGAUUAUACAAUAUACUCGGAUAGAAAGAAGGGGUUCCUUGAAUAAACGAGUAGAUCGUUUAAUAAUUAGGAAGGAUAUCAUUUAUUCCAUUGAAAUUGAGGAAAUUAGGGAAUAUCAGAAAAUCGACUGGCUCCUGAGCGACUCGUAUGGUAUUAAUGAUUUGGAGGAUAAUUAUCAACGCAACUAGAUACAUAGUGUUUAUUAAUUAUUGCUAUUGUUAAUACUGUUACCGUUAUUACUGUUCCCACUGUUAUUACUGAUUUCAAUCGCAAUUGUCGAUCAUUGGGAAGCUUUGCGCGUGAGUGGCAUUCGAAUAAUGUCACCAGUCGUUUGUAUCCUAGAACUUUAUCUGCAGUGUAAACGAGAGGAAAAUAUAAAAUAUGGUAUUGCUGUUGAA